AUGUUCUCCGCUCGUAUCAUCUUGGCUCUCUUCUGCGUCCUUAUCUUGGCCCUAUCCGUCGCUAAUGCGGCUCCCAACCGUGUCCUCAUGCGUUUCGGAAAGCGUGGAGGAGCCAGCGAGGGUCACUUGGGAUACCGUUUUAUCCCGGCCGCCGCUCCGGCCAUCGCCGAGUACAUAGACGUGGACGAGUGAGUUAAUUUCAAAAAUUCGAAAGACUUUGUGACUGAUACUUGACAUUUUCAGAGCUCUACUCGGCCAAGACCGCUUCUAA